UUAUCCUGAUAAAUGCGAAUUAAAACAAUUACAUUUGGUUUCUAGACACGGAUCAAGAUUACCAGACCCAGAAAAUAUCAUAGCUUUUGACGAAUUGGAAAAAAUAUUUGCUAAUGUUUCUGUUGCAAAAGGAUGGUAUAAAAAUCCUUUCCUUAUGAGGAAAAGUCAUCAUUUGGUCAAACGAGGGGAACUCGAACCUUAUUUUGAUGGUUUACAAUCUCGUAAGCGAUACGCAAAAUUUUGGAAUGGAGUUGAAUAUGAUCCCGAAGUUAUAAAAUUCCAAAGCACUCAAACUUCAAG